AAGUGAUCCAAGUGGUAAUGAUUACGGAGUGAUAUCUGAUGCCCUUCAAAUUCAUCUACAUCUGCGACUUGCUAUCCCAGCUGGAAGACCAUGCCACGCGCGAUCCACCCCUGCUGGCCUCGCAACAGCGCGAGCUCGACCGUCGGGUUAUCGAAUCUUGGUUCCAGUCUCACCGGCGGCGCAUCGAUGAAUCAGGGACAACUAACCGCGCUGCAUUGCUCAGUGCAUUUUUUCCCGAGCGCAGAACGGAUAGAGUCUAUGGGCUGCAAGAAAAGAGUCUAGUGAAAGUCCUCGGGAGGUGCCUAUGUCUAGGGAUCGAGCGCAGAAAGGAAUUGGCGAAGUGGGAGUCUUUUGGAGGCAGAGGAGAAGAUUUAGGAUUUUAUGUGGAAAGAGUUCAGAAACAGGCAGAGAUGCCGAUUCCACAUCGAGACCACGAGGUUACAGUCGAAGAGGUGGAUGAGGCAUUGCAGGCUUUGGCAAGGGGGAAUAAAUUUAGCUGUCUUUCUUCCUCUUCUUCUUCGUUAUCAGUGGGACAAAUUACCGCUCGCCACAACGCCAACCUCUCAGGGGAUACGUGUGAGAAACUUCUUGGGCCAAUCUUCUGUCGACUACAGUCUCGUGAAGCCAAGUGGCUGACCAGGAUGAUUCUCAAAAAUUAUGCACCGGUAGUGCUGCCGGCGUAUCUAAUACUCCGAUCUGUACAUUUCCUCGUGCCCGAUAUUCUAUACGUACGGUCUUCAUUCGAAGCUGCUAUAGAGUUACUUCAGAGCCCGGAAUUGGUUCUUUAUCCAUCGCAGCCUGGGAGAGAUGUGGAAGGUAUUCUCAAAAUCACUGCUGCAAGAUUGAUGAUGCCGACAAUCGGAUGCAAAUUGGCUCGGGCGCCAUUCCUUAAAGCUAGGUCUAUCAAGCAUUGUGUCAAUAUGAUUGGCGAUAAGCGCGUGAGUGUCGAACGGAAGUACGAUGGAGAAUACUGCCAAAUACAUGUCGAUCUCAGCAGCGAGGGAAAUUGGAUUCAGAUAUUUUCAAAAAGUGGAAAAGAUUCCACUAAUGAUCGACGAGCUAUUCAUGGUGUCGUCAAGGCCUGCCUUGGAAUUGGAACCGACAAGUGCAAGUUUACUAAAAAGUGCAUUUUGGAAGGAGAAUUAGUUGUAUACAGUGAAAGGGAACAAUCCAUUUUGGGAUUUCACGAAUUACGAAAACAUAUACCCCGCGCAGGACGGUAUCUCGGUGCAGAGCAGGACUCGCCGCCGGACCCUCAUGAACAUCUAAUGAUAAUGUUUUUUGAUGUUUUACUAAUUGAUGAAGAAAAUCUAUGUAUCAUGCCAUACGAAGACCGCAGAAAGCGCUUAAAAGACCUCAUCACCCUGAUAUCCGGACGCGCAGGUCUGGUUGAACGGGAGCAGAUGACAGUGUCAUCGCAAAAGGGAAUCCGACGAUUGAGAAAAAGAUUCGGAACUGCUAUCAGAAAGCGCUGGGAAGGACUAGUCAUAAAACCAUGCCGAGAAGCCUCCUUUGGCAUUAUCGGCGCCGAAGAAAAUGAUUACAAGGGCCGCUGGAUCAAACUGAAAAAGGACUAUAUCAAAGGACUCGGAGACACUGCUGAUUUUGCCAUUGUUGGGGCCAAAUAUGAUGGCAGACUAGCUCACCAGCACAACUCAUUAAUCUGUCGAUGGAAUGUCUUCUACCUGGGCUGCCUUGUCAAUAAAGAGAGAGUACUGCACUUCUCCGAUAAGCCCCAAUUUCGAGUAAUCGAGGCCCUAGAUUCUGCAAUCAACGCAGAGGAUCGAAUGACUCUCAACCACGUCGGCCAAUUUAGAAGCACACCCGUCAGCAGUGCUCAGACAGGUCACCCUUUUGACAUAUGGUCCACGUGGAAUGUCAAUUUCAAACCUGACGUGAUUUUCAACGAACCUUUUGUUGUGGAAAUUAUGGGAAGCGGAUUCGACAAGCCAUCUAGCGCCAACUAUUUUACUCUUCGCUUUCCCCGCGUGUUGAAAAUCCAUUGGGAUAGGACCUUUGGAGACACUGUCAGCUUCGAGGAAUUGCAAAAAAUGGCAGAAGUCGCCGGAACAUCUCCGGAAGGUGGCUCACAAGAAGAUUCAGUGUGGAUUUCGAAACUUGAGCUCGCAGACGAGGGUAAACGAACGACAAGGCCCGAUAAGCAUACACAAAGCAGCGAGUCGUACGGGUCUUCUCAAAAAUCUAGUGUCCUGCAUUCGCAAGACUCUGACCGUCAAGACCGUUCAAUCACCGCUGAACCCGCGCCAGAAAAUAUGUCUUUUGGCCAACAGUCUUUCAAAACAUGCACGGGCAGCUUCAUGGCAGCGGCAGAUCGUCUUUCACUGAAUGUUGAGCCAACUCAGCCUGCGCCACGACAUGCAGCGCCUGCAGGGGACAAAGCUAUGCUGCCACCAAGAGAAAAGUCGCAUAAGCGCACCAUGGAAACGGAGAAUCUUCCAGCCCAGGGCGCAAAACGAGCAAAGACCGCACCAUCAUCAUCGUCAUCAUCGACUGCUCCCAAUAAACCGUCUUCUGCAAAACCCGGUAUGCAUUCAUCCUCACAAAGCAACUCUUACAGCGGCUCGUCCAUGCCCUUGGGUGAUAUCACAAAUGUAUCGAACCGCCGCAAAUCGGUAUCAACAACAAAAGAGAUAUCGCAGAAACGCAAGUCGGACAAGUGUAAUUCCCAGUCCACUGAAGUAUCCACAACUGCAUCUGAGAGCAGUACCGUUCCAGCUCCUCCUCCUCUUCUUCCUUCUUUUUCUUCUUCUUCUUCCUCUUCUUCUUCUUCCUCUUCUUCUUCUUCCUCUUCUUCUUCCACCAACAAACAAAACGCACCACAACCAAGCACAAAAACGCCUUCCUCCACGAACGACUCUCUCACUUUUCAACCACCAGCACCGCCAAAUCUAAAUACACCCACACAUCCAUCUCCCGUUUAUACGACACCCACACAUUCCAACUCCCGACGUCGCAACCAUCCAAGAACCACCAGCCCAGCGCGUCAGUGUCCACUUCUACACAAAUACAUUCUACUCGCUCCUGAUCUCCCGGACUCUUCUAUAGUUACUCAAACCCUCUCUUCUCACGGCGCGGUAUAUACCGCGGACUUGGAUACUUUUUCGAAACCUCCUGUAUCAUCUCCAGCUACCCCUUCUUCUUCUUCCUCCUCUUCCUCCUCAUUGUCAUUACCAUCUACUUCUAGCCCUGCAAUCAAACCCACAUCUACUCACCCUCCAAUUUCCACCGCACGCCUCGUUCUCGUGGACAGCCACAAUCCCGAAAACACAGCCGCCACAAUCGAGCGCGUGUUGUCCAUCCACGGCGGCAUUCGACAGAGCGUUACGUUUUACGAUUGGCGCGUCUUACUCUCUUUUCAAAACCGUGCAGCGGUGUGCGCUCAGGCUGAAAGAGAACCAAUUCGCUCAAGCCGCUCGAUUAGCUCGAUUUCCUCCACAUCUGGAAAUGGAAAUGACCACACAAUCGCAGACGUUACUGAGAAUAACGACAACAACUACAACAGCAGGACUCAUGAAGCUGGUAAUUGCUCCUGCGGGGCAAAUACGAGCGUGAAUUGGAAAAUAUAUUUCUCGGGCCGCAUAUGUUGGGAUGAAGAGAGACGGGAAAGUUGUGUGGUAUGGGAGGAUAGCGAUUGAGUCUUUGAUAAUACCGACAAUACCGACACUGUCAUGACUCAUGAGGCUUGAGGCUGUUUGUAGUAAUGGGCCA